GAAUUUCCAGCACGUACAAGGCAUCAACAGGAUGUUCGCACAAAGUUUCACUCCUGGUUCACUCAAGGUGCGCCAGGUACAACCACCAGCCGUUACCAAAAAGUCCUCCAUCAGAUGACAUUUGCCGCAUACAGUAAAGGACACUCGCUGCUUGCAGGAAGCUAAAGUAGCCCUGAGAUUCCGAAUGCUUUUAAAGAUUCCAGAUGCAACGUUGUAUUGAAGUACACUGAAGUACUGUACAUUGUCAUAUCAUGUCGCUAUUGGCUCGCAAGAGAACAGCGGCAAGAGUUGUUUCCAGGCAACAUGGAGGGGGAGGCCAGAGAUGAACCACCACAACGGAGCCCAAAGGCUCCAUCCCUCCUUGGAUCAACGCUUGGACGUUUAGACUGGGCAAGAGCCGGUGAAGCAAUCGCCAAAGACAGUACAACUCCAAGGUCCCCAGUAGUCAAUGGAGAUUUGACGAAGAGGAUCACCCGACGCUACAAGGCGGAGGUGGAGAAGUCGGAAAGAGAAAGACUUCAGAGAUACGUUCGGUUAGAACAGCAGGUGAAGAUUAUGCCAGAUCAAUAUGAGAUGGCUAGGACGGUGAAGAGCGAGCUGGACACCAUACAAAGGAAAGCAGGUCUGGAGGCGAUCUCCUACACCACCUGGGACGACACCUUCGGUUCUGAGGACAUGAAGAAGCGGUUGGAGUUCCUGAGCUGGUAUACCACAAAUGGGGAAUCAAAGGAGGAACUCAAUGAGGAUGGAUGCUACGAGGUUGAGUUCUUGUAUGGCAUGCGACAUGGGAAAGGCAAGCACACCUACCAGGGCCAGGUCUACGAAGGAAACUGGCUUUGGGGACAACGCCACGGCAGUGGAGUUUGUACACAGAGCGACGGCACCCAAAUGGCUGGAACCUGGAAGGAUGGAAAGUUGGAGGGUUCUGUGAAGAUUGUUGGCCCAACCGGUGAGAAGCUAUUCGAAGGAGAGUUUAAGGCAGGCAAAAGAGAUGGCUUUGGUCAGCAAGUCUUCUCGAAUGGCGACACAUAUGCUGGAGGAUGGAAAGAUGGAUUGAUGCAUGACCGUGGAGUCUAUCACUUUGCCAACGGUGGUUUCCUUGAAGGGGUGUGGCAGGAGGGAAGAUACCAUGGAGCCGCAUAUUUCCACGGUGCCGAUGGAUCUGUGAGCAGAAGGGUGUACGAAAAUGGUGUACUGCUGAAAUGCCAGGACUAUUUCCUGGACUCGCAGAAGUUUAGCAAGGAGAUGAAUCGAGAUGUUAUGCAAAAGCAUACUGCUCUUUGGGAAUAUCCCAAACAUGCACUUGAUUGACAAAGUGAUGUUUCACGACGUUUCAUGUAGUUGGGCGAGGAAUUUGCUGCUCAAAGUACCGUUCCUUCGCUUUCAUAUUAGGGAAAA